AUGUGGAAGUUAAAGAUCGGAGAAGGAAAUGGAGAAGACGAUGAUCCGUAUUUGAUGAGCACUAAUAGCUUCGCCGGUCGGCAAAUAUGGGAGUUUGAUCCAAAUGCCGGCACCUCAGAGGAGCGAGUCGCCGUAGACGAGGUGCGUCAGUCUUUCUAUGAUAAUCGCCAUCGGGUUAGAGCUUCCAGCGAUCUUUUAUGGCGAAUGCAAUUUCUCAAGGAAAAAAGCUUCCAUCAAGUAAUACCAGCAGUUAAGGUCGAAGAUGCUGAGACACUCAUGACCAAAGAAGCAGCGACCAUUGCGUUAGGAAGAUCCGUUCAUUAUUUCUCGGCUUUGCAGAGUAGCGACGGCCACUGGCCUGCUGAAAUCGCCGGUCCACUCUUCUACGUUCCUAUGAUGGUGUUCUCUUUCUAUAUCACAGGACAUGUUGAGGUGAUAUUCAGUGCAGAGCAUCGUAAAGAAAUGCUUCGGUAUAUCUUUUGUUUCCAGAAUGAAGAUGGUGGAUGGGGAUUUCACAUAGAGGGAAAGAGCUGUAUGUUUUGCACGGCACUGAAUUACAUAUGUUUACGUAUACUUGGACAAGAUUCAGAUGCAGGGCCGUGCAAGCUUGCUCGGAAAUGGAUUCUUGAUCGUGGUGGUGUCACAUACAUUCCUUCUUGGGGAAAAUCUUGGCUCUCAAUACUUGGAGUCUAUGAUUGGAGUGGAACCAACCCGAUGCCUCCAGAGAUGUGGCUGCUGCCUUCUUUUCUUCCAAUACAUCUUGGGAAAACUACAAGCCUUUGCCGGAUAAUUUACUUGCUCAUGUCCUACUUUUAUGGGAAGAGAUUUGUUGGUCCAAUAACACCUCUUAUUCUGAAACUGCGGGAAGAACUCUACUUACAAGCUUAUGAAGAUAUCAAUUGGAAUACAGCACGCCGUCUAUGCGCUAAGGAAGACAUGUAUUAUCCGCAUCCUCCAAUUCAAGAUUUGGUGUGGAACAGUCUUCACAUUUUCAUGGAGCCUGUCCUUACACGUUGGCCAUUUAACAAGCUUGUGAGAGAAAAGGCUCUUGAGGUAGUGAUGGAAUACAUACAUUAUGAAGAUGAAAAUAGCCGUUACAUCAACACUGGAUGCGUUGGGAAGGCAAUGAGCAUGCUUGCUUGCUGGAAUGAAAAUCCAAACGGGGAAUAUUUCAAGAAACAUCUUGCUAGAAUUCCGGAUUUCUUAUGGAUUGCUGAAGAUGGGAUGAAAUUGCAGAGUUUUGGAAGUCAACUAUGGGAUACAACACUUACGGUUCAAGCUUUUCUUGCCUGUAAUCUCUCCAAUGAAAUCGCCAAUGCGCUCAUGAAAGCACAUGGUUUCAUUAAGAAAUCUCAGAUUAGAGAAAACCCUUCGGGAAAUUUCAACAAGAUGCACCGCCACAUUUCCAAAGGAGGAUGGGCUUUUUCUGAUCGAGAUCAGGGAUGGCAAGUUUCAGAUUGUUCAGCUGAAGCCUUAAAAUGUUGUCUACUGCUUUCCAUGAUGCCACCUGACGUUGUUGGCCCAAAAAUGGAUACUGUGAACUUAUAUGAUGCUGUGAACUUCAUCCUAUCUUAUCAGAGUAAAAAUGGAGGUAUGAGUGCAUGGGAGCCCGUCCGUGGAUAUGGAUGGUUAGAAUUGUUCAACCCCACAGAGAUUCUGGCUGAUGUUGUAGUAGAGCAUGAGUACGUUGAAUGUACAUCAUCGGUGAUCCAAGCACUGGUCAUGUUUAAGAAACUAUACCCAGAUCACAGGACCAGAGAGAUCGAUAUGACCAUUGAGAAAGGGCUGCAAUUUAUAGAAAGCAGACAAGAGGCAGAUGGUUCUUGGUAUGGAAGUUGGGGAGUUUGCUACACAUAUGCCACAUGGUUUGCUCUUGAAGGUUUAGCAGUAGCUGGUAAAACGUAUGACAACUGUUUGGCUAUGCGUGAAGGUGUUCGUUUCCUUCUCAUGAAACAAAACAACAAUGGAGGUUGGGGAGAAAGCUAUCAAUCUUGCUCUGAAAAGAGAUACGUAGCAUUAGAAGGAGGAAGAUCGAACAUUGUGCAAACCGCAUGGGCAAUGAUGGGUCUGAUUCACACGGGACAGGCUGAGAGAGAUCCAGUGCCUCUUCACCGUGCUGCGAAACUAGUCAUCAAUUCGCAAUUAGAAAACGGAGAUUAUCCCCAACAGGAAAUGACAGGAGUGUUCAUGAAGAACUGUUUUCUAAACUAUGUUACCUACAGAAACAUCUUCCCCAUAUGGGCACUUGCAAAGUACCUGAAAGUUGUUAACGUUGUAAAUCCUUAAUAUUGUUGUUUCUCUGAAUGGUAUGUACUGUGAAGUUGACGAUCUUGAAAACUCUAUUUUUAUUUUCUUUAAGUGGUAUCGAGGCUGUGCUUUCUGUUAAGUGAA